AUUUUGAUAUAAUGGAGAAAGAUUCCACAUUUACUCAGACUUCGGAGCUUCUAUACAAGUUUAGUCAUGCAUCGUGAAUUUUGCAGUACUAUGGAUAUUUUAAUGCAUGAGAAUGGAUGAUGAUGGUCCUGAGUAAGAAGACCAACCAAUCCUGGCAAAAGAAUAGAUUCGCAUUUAGCAAUCUAUUAUCCCAAGAACUCAGUGUCCUAAGCUACAGAUUUCAAUUCAACUCUGAUUUCGCUAACUACAUCCUUUCUUUGGAAAAGCGCUAUGGGAAGAUAAAUUACAAACUUGAGAUUCUUCUUAUUGAGACACAGAGUUACAAGAAUUUCAUAAAUUUCCUAAUUAAAUUACAAAACCCUUCUAAGGUUCAGUUUUCUGCUAUAAGAUGGAGCUUAUCCAAUGAAAACUUGCCCUUACUCAACAGCGUACAUUCGAAACUAGUAGAAUUAGGCUUUGAAGAGAGUAUAUUAAGGACUACUUCAGAUGUAAGCAUGAGAAUGCUGUCUUUCAGGUCCAAUACUUUCAAGAUCACUGAGAGGAUUUCAUAUCUUUCACAGAUCCCUCUGUUUAAUUUAUGGAAGAUGUGUCACAAGAUCGGAUCCCUCAAGAUCCAAAUUGCUAAGCAUCUGUAUUUGUUAACAGAAAUCCAGAUACCUAUUUUUGAAUUAAGGCUAGAAUCAGAUGAAGCUAUUGACAACUUUUUGGUUGGGGAAAAUCCUCCUAAUGAAAUUAUCCUGAGAUCAGUCAGGACUGUGUGCCUGAAGAUGCUUCAUAUCUCUCAGGAAUACAUCACCCAACUAGUGUCAAGAGUUGAAGGAAUUAUUGCUAUUUUCAAUACCUCAGAACAAGUUUCACUAAACGAAAUUCGGAUAAGUUAUAUCAGCAGAAUGGCCCUAUCAGCUGAGUGUAUACAAGCUAUGAUUGAUGUCUCUCAUAAGUAUCCAGAGAUAGCUUUCUCAGAAAUCCAAGUAGGAAAUAAGCACUCCUUCAAAGGCGAUUUGAUACUCAAAAAUCCGAAAAUAUGCUAUGCGACUACAGAUUCAAACUACUUCUUCGAAUGUGAUGAACUUCAAAUAGAGUUUUCUAAGGAAUCAAUGAGUACACUAAACUGUGACUCUUACUUUAUUUGGUCUUCUAAAUUUGAUCAGUUGAUUUUCAAAAAUAUCAGGCAGUGUAGUUUUGAGACAAAGAUUUUUGAAGAUUUCAUCAAAGAUAUUCAAUUUGAUAAAUUUGCAUUGUUCAUUCAGAUUUAUGACCAAAAUGUAAACAUGGAUAUGGACCUAAGCACUCAAAAAUUUCUCAUUAGUAGGAGUGUUACCGAUUACAUUACUGGUACCUCAAAGAUCAUACCGGUGAUUGAGAGUCCUCUGUGUUGUGCGAAAAUCCAUCUUACACUGAACAAUGACUUUGUAGAUGUGCAGUAUGAUCAGCUUGAUAAAAUUAUUGAAAGGAUCCCAACAAAUACUCGAGUCUUUCUGACAAUAAUGAAUGACCAGUUUGAUAACAACACCAGCCCAGCUUUGCUAGAAUUGUGGGAUAAAUCUUUAGAUCUCAAUAUUGAAGAAUUCGUACUUAUCAUGCCACAGGAACGCAUCAUCAAAGUAGAUAAAACCACUAGAGCCUUGCUCAGUGAGAAAAUAUGAAGCCUGAAAUUAGCCAAGUUUUUCUAUAAAGCUACUAAAUUCUGGUCCAGAGAGCCGACUAUUUUCAACUUCAACUAUUUCGAUCUCAACUCAUCUCCUUGGGAGAGUACCCCAGAGGCAGAGUUUCUGCUAUCAACGAAUAAAGCUGAUCAUUAUAAGGAAUUUCAGGGAUUUAUUACAAGACUCAUGGAGAAAGGUACAUCUUACUAUGACAAUACCUUCUAUGACUUGCUCAGUGUUGAUUAAGAGAGACAACAGAAGAGUAACAAGAUAUAAUGAGUGUGUAAAGAGUAUACCUACCUAAAAACCCAAUUUCAAC